AUGUUCCGCGUCGAACUCAUCUCAGACACAUCAACAGCCACACCAGGCUGGUCCUACGCCCCAACCCGGGGCUUCGACCCCACCCAAGCAAUGGCCCCAACCCUCGGCCGGAAACGCGGCAUCCGCGAUGCGGGCAAGGGCGGCGACAUUUCCUCGCGACAAGCGAACGCGAUCGCACGCCAUAUCGCCGAACUAGACCGCGAGAACCAGCGCGACGUCGCCAUCCCAGUACCAGUAAGACAAGCGCGCGAAGCCGGCGCUCGCGGCACACGAGCAAAAACCACCUCGAACGUCCGACGCAUCCUCCAGUCCCAAAAGACCUUCCGGAACCACCUCGACGACGAAGAAGCAGCAAUCGCCUCAGGCAGCGGGGGUGUUGGCGGCAUGCAGGGCGCGGGAGGCGCGAGCGUCAUCGCGGCCAAGGGAAGCAAGGCCGCUGCUAUGCGGCGCAGCGCGACACCGGCUAGUGCUGUAGGCGUUAAACGUCCGUCGGCGGCUAUGGGUGCGACUGGUUCGUCGGCGCCAGCGCGGGAGACUACGGAUGCUGAGACGGAUGUCGAUGAUGAGGCGCGGAAGCCGAAACUUAUCAAGUCGGAAUAUGAUAAUGAUCCGCUUUUGCGGUCGUAUGCGCCCCCCUGUGCCUUCUGA